GGCGGGGUGGAGCUGGGCGGCCCCGGCCCCGUCCCAGUCCCGUGCGGGGGAGCGGCUCCUCGCAGCCUCGCUGCCCCGUCCCGACCGCUCCUGUCGCCGCGGCUCAUGAGGUGAAGAUGGUGAUCCGCGUCUUCGUCGCCUCCUCCUCGGGCUCGGUGGCGAUAAAGAAGAGGCAACAGGAUGUGGUGAGGUUUCUAGAAGCCAAUCGCAUAGAGUUCGAAGAAGUGGAUAUCACCAUGUCAGAGGAGAAGAGACAAUGGAUGUAUAAAAAUAUUCCUGAGGACAGGCAGCCUGCACAAGGCAAUCCACUGCCACCACAGAUAUUCAGUGAUGAUCGCUACUGUGGGGAUUAUGAUGGCUUUUUUGAAUCAAAGGAAAGCAACACUGUAUUCUCGUUUCUUGGACUGAAACCUACUUUGGCAUCAAAGUAGGAGUCAGAACUGUUGAAAGGCCAUGUGAAGUAUCAACAAGCACAUUCCUGAAUGAAUGACUUUAUUCUUCAGCACAUAACAGCUUCCCCAAUGGAUCACUGUGAUAGAGCAAACGUGUGUCAUUAGUAGUAGUCUGCUUGCCAUGAGAGGGUGCUCUCCAAUAAUGAGGAGUUAAUAACACACAUAUGAAAUAGGAUGAAGGCUGGGCUACUCAUCUUCCAUUGUAAAAAUGAUCACUGUUGAUGUUUCACUUCUGUCAUUGGAUUUUGCAACUGGCCCUGAUAUUCUAAUGUAUGUUUCAGAAUAAGGAGUGUAAGUGUAGGGCUUGUAUCAUUCGUGGGUAUACUUAUGUAGUCACAUUCCUUACCUUUUUUAAUUCUUCCCACUACUGUAGUUCAAAUUAGCUCAUCAUGAUAGUUGAAGUGCUGGUGGUUAUGAUGAUGUUUGUGCUGGCUAUGAUCCAGAAGGUAAAAAGCAUCAAUCUUGAGAUCUCAGUCUAAGCCAAUAACUGCCAUAUUUUUGCUCUGCAUUUAUUUAUUGUGAUGUUUAUUCUAGAUCAUGGUUAUUUUAAGAGACAUGGGCUGCUAAUUUUGUUAAUGAAGACUUGAUUUGUCUAAUGAUACACAUUGCAACUGACUGUUUAAAACGAGUUGCUAUCAUGAAGGAGGUGCCAAAGUGAAAUAUUUUGACGUGUUUCCAAAUGCAGGCAAAAGGUUCAGUAAAACACUUGGUGGCAAUACUGGGGAGUUCAGAAGAGCUAAAGGGACUCUAGUAGCUAAUGAUAAUCUGAAGUUAUCUCUUAAAUGAGAAAGUCUUAAUGCCCAAGGUUGGACCUCUAUAACUGGACUGUCUUAAAAUGAAAUUUUGCCAAAACUUCAGUUUACUCUCAGUAACACACAGCUCUACCACAAGCCACAUGAGAGUCAGGGAUACUUUGAGAGCCAGGUUUCAGUCCCAUGAUGGUUAAAUGCUCCACCAGGGUCCAAGAGCAUGCCCAACUUUGCUAGCUGUUAUCCUGGUUAUAUCCCCAGAUGUGGUCAUGUGGAGGUGCCUCGAAGACAGUGAGAGAGCUGAGUGUGUGCUUUACCAAAUGGGGCCAGAGAGGCUGUUCAGCUGAGGAGCAGGAGCCAGGUAAAGGAAGUGGAGAUUACUCCAGUGGGACUGCAUUGAUGCACAUAGCAGAACUUAGGCCCAUGACUUGCCAAUAGCUGUUACAAAAUUCAUUCUAGACAGAAGCAAAAUUGCAUCAUGCAUUCUGAAUCAAAUCUGGAUGCAUAAAUAACAUCUAUGCUGUAAUGUAGUUUUUACUCAAGUGAUUUCAUACUGGCAAGGUGGUGCCAUCACAGUGAAUGUCCUUAUGUCUUUGGGUAAGUGAAAGACAACCACUGUGUAGAAAAGCUGCUUUGCAAUCACAGCAUCACUCAGACUGUGUGGUUUGAAGGAAGCCAGACUUGUAAAAAGUGUCAGAAAGCAAUACUAUCACAACACUGUGAAAUGAAUCACUUCCUCUGUUGACAUCAGUAAUCACGGCAUACCAAACACAUCAGCUGGAAGGGACAACUGAAGGUCAUCUGGUCCAGCACUGUCAAAAUCAGGCUGAAGAACCACACUAGCUUGGAUCAGUAGGGGUUUGUCUAGCAGAGCAUUAAGAAUAGCCAGCGAUGAAGAUCUCAUAACUCUCUAGGUGACCUGUGACAUUGCCACAGUGCUUUCCUAAUGAAAACUUUAUCUUUUAAAGUCCAGCUUUGACUCCUAGGCUUUAAUUUGAGGCUGCUGCCUUUGCUGGGGUUUUUUUGGCACUCACAAGAAGAGAUUGGUACCAUUCUUUUUUAUUGGCCCUCGAGAUAGUUAGUUGUAGGUUACCAUUGGGUCACCUCUUCGCCGCCUUCUUACAGACUGAACAAAUGAGGCUGCUCAGCUGAGCUAAAGAGCUAGAGGGAGCAAGAGCACACACAGAUUUGAAGUCCAUGGUUGUAUUUACUUGUCAAAAUCUUUGGCAGAGCACCUUCUUUAGAGGAAAUCUUGAACGGGCAUUAAUGUUUGCACGUUAAGAAUUAUGUUGUCUGUGUCAAGGUACUGUGACAUUCUUGUAGCCAAUCCCAUAUUUUCAUGAGACUUGAACCUCACUAUAGGAAGGGAAUAUGACAUGAGGUGGAGCUGUGCAUUAACUUCACCACAUUCAAUAUAGCUAUUCCUAAAAAGAAGUUAAAUAUUUAACUUUGUAAAUGAAUAGAGAUAUAAAUUUCUGUAAUUUUAUAGUUGAUUACUUGCAGUUGAGAAGCCAUCCUGGAUUCAUCAUGUACUUGAUAACGUUGUAAACUUUGAGAACUGCCUGAAUUCCCAGGUCUGAAAAAUAGUUACCUAAGUGUGUAAGCAUAUACACAUGAGUAAUUCUGGGUGAAAUCCCAGGUUUACUGACGUGAAAGGAAAAACCAGACUGAUUUCUCCAGGGAUGAAUUUAGUUUCACAGAGUUCCUUUUGAAUUUUGAUGAUUGUAGGAGAGAAGGCUCUUGUUUAGUGGAGAGUUAGUCUUGUUUCAGCUGUUUCAGCUGUUAAGUAAACCUGGCUUAUUUCAGAGCAUACAUGUGGGCACGGUCAGUUGUAUGGAGGACAACAGUAGCUCCAAAGAUAUCCUGCUUGCCUGCAUGGAUUGGCAGUGUAAGUCCCUUAGGAUGUGUGCUUUUGAAUUAUAAAUAGCUGGUUUAAAAAAAAAAAAAAAAAAAAAAAAAAAGAAGAGAGAGUAUAUAUGUUUGGAUGUGAAUUUUGUCUGUUGUACAACAGCCUUAUUUUUGUAAUUAAAGCAAGAAGACUUCUAGUUUGUUACACAAGAUGAUCUGGAAUUUUUAAAAUCAGUUUUGUAGUAAUGAAGUGUAGCUAUCAGGUAACUGAAAAGGUCUGGGGAAAUUUGAGAUGUUUAUUGAAAGAAAUAGGAAAUUCUUAAUUCUGUUUAAAAUUUUGGCAUAUAAAUUAUGCUUAAGAACAAAAUUAUCCCAAUUUUUAGCUAAUACUUAUAAUUACCCCACUUUUUAAAAUAGAGAGCAGUGUGAGUGAAACUUAAUCUUUUUACCUAGCUAAAGUUGCUGUCUGGGUUGAUGUGCAUGUGCACAUUCACUGUAUCAGUAGCUUUGAUAGAGGUGUUUUUGUUUGUGCCACACACUACUGGAUAGUGCCUUGCCAGAAAGAGGACUGUUUCUGUGGGGUCUUCUUAGAUGAGCUUAAACUUUGAAAGGCGUAGUUUCUAUAUUGCUAUUUUUUAAAUAAUGGAGUAAAUUUAUUUUGAGGCCUGAGUCAAAAGGCACAUGCUUUGUAAGACUGAAACAGUUUUUGAUGAGUCUUCUGAACUCUUGAUUUUUCCUAGGUGACUUUGUUUUUUAAUUUUCUUUUCCUUUUUGUUGACUGUCUGGAACCAAACCUUCCAAAGGAAGUGAACCUGGAGUAAAGCCCAUAAAUUCAUGUUUACACUUUCUUUAAAAUAGUGUCUAAUUCUAAUGUUGAGCAGCCCAAGUGCUAUCACUGAAAUGAAGAGUAGCUGCCAAGCUCUCAGGGGAUUUCUUGGUUGUCCCUCCUCGUCCUUCUCUACCAUCAGGCCAUUUAUUUGAGGUUUCCUAUUCAGGCAAUACCAUGGUUCAGAAGCAGGACCCUGAAAUUGCCUUGUGGCCCUUCACAGGAGUGCAUGAGUGGGGUGAUCACCAGGAAAAUGCCAAAUCUCACCAGUUUUCAGUAACUUAUUCACUGAUUUCACUACACCUUGGCAUGAGCAGUGGGAAGAGGAUGGAGCCCCAUACAUUCACGGUUCAUAGAGAGCCCGAGUGGAAGACCCAGUGCAGAAUGGUCCACAGCUUGCUCUGGCACCCUGAGCAGUGGCUCUCACAGGGACCCUUGGCUGGCAGUGACACGUAUGACACCACACACGACUGCUUUCCACGGGACUCCAGCUGCAUCAUGGCCUAUGCUUCACCCCCCUCGUCCCUAAGGAAUUUGGGAGGGAAAACAGAGAACAUCUUCUUGAGAGCAGUCCGUCAGCCAGGGCAGAUCCAGCUUACUCCCUUCUUCCUAAUCUUUACCUCUUCCUCAUGUGUGUCAUCCUGUCCUCUGUAGACCUACCUGUGUGCAAAACUUCCACUCCUGGCCGUCUGUACAUCCCCGUGGGGUCACAAACGCAGAGCUGGUGUUCCCCUUCACGGCAGCAGUGUUCUGGAACUCGCUAGGGGAGGGAGCAUGUUGCAUCCUAGGUCGUGUACGUGUUAUGUAUUAAACUGUGUUCAUCUAAUAAAAAACUGUAAUUCAAAAAAGAAA